CUAACCCAUCAAUCCUGUAUUCAUCACCAUCAGGUUGCCAUUCGCUCCCCUUCCCCCAGUACUCCACGGGCAGCUAUUCCUCUCCCUUUCCGCCAUCAAACACUAAUCGGUACCGGCCUCGCCCCCAUCUCUACCUACCCGUGUCCUGUACCAGCACCAUAGAAUGGCCGCAGGGCAGGAUCAAACGAGUAUGGAUGCAGAGGAACUCCAGAGGCUCACAGCCGAUUCUCAAGCCACGGACUUGUCUUCCGACUCCCGGGUGGUGCGGCUGCUCGACGAAUUUGCCGACGUCUUCGAGUCACCUACCGGCGUGAUGCCGGAUCGGCCGAUCUCACACAAGAUCAUUCUUGAGGCCGGUGCCGUGCCGCCAAAAGGUUGCAUCUAUCGCAUGAGCGAGGAGGAACUUACAGUACUCCGCGCGCAGCUCGACGACUUAUUGGACAAAGGCUGGAUCCGGCCUAGUAGUUCACCUUACGGUGCGCCUGUUCUCUUCGUUCGGAAGAAGAACAAGGACCUUCGCUUAUGCAUCGAUUACCGCAAGCUCAAUGCGCAAACCGUCAAGAACGCGGGACCUCUUCCUCGUAUCGACGACCUCUUGGAGCGCUUGGGCGGCGCGAAGUUCUUCUCCAAACUGGACUUGAAGUCGGGAAACCAUCAAAUCUCGAUUCGACCGCAAGAUCGCUACAAGACCUCGUUCAAGACACGGUAUGGGCACUUCGAGUGGGUCGUGAUGCUUUUCGGACUCACCAACGCCCCGGUGACUUUUCAAGCGGCGAUGACCAACGAGUUCCGCGCAAUGUUGGACCGAUUCGUGCUGGUCUACUUGGACGACAUUCUCGUCUAUAGCCGGACCUUGGAGGAACAUCUGGAUCAUCUUCGACGAGUGUUGGAGAGACUCCGGCGUGCCAAGUUCAAAGCCAACCGCGACAAGUGCGAGUUCGUGCGUCAAGAGUUGGAAUACUUGGGCCAUUUUGUCACUCCACAAGGCAUCAGUCCGUUGUCGGACAAGAUUCAAGCCGUCCAAGAUUGGCCGGAGCCUCGGAAUGUUACAGAUAUCCGAUCUUUCCUUGGCCUUGCCGGCUACUACCAACGAUUCAUCAAAGGGUACUCGAAGAUUGCGGCUCACUUGACCAAGCUUCAAUGCGAGGACCGACCUUGUCGAGAAUGGUUUGGUUAUCGAAGAGGUUCUGUUGCUUCACUUCCUCACGAGUUGUGGGCGGCUUUGAUUGCAGAGGUUGGAGAGUUCUCCAUGCCGUCCAGCAUGCCGUAACUGCCAUUUCGUCAAAAUGGACAUCUUUUAUUUUUUGAACGAAAUUGAAACCGAGUUUUUUGGUCGAAAACUCAUCAAAAUUUGUUGUUCCUGAGGGUUCGGCGUUUGUAAAACGGUGGACCCCCUGGCUGUACAUGGACCUAGCUUGAGACUAGGUACCUCCAAGCAGUCCUGCCUGGAGGUGCCUGGUCUCAAGCCAGGUCCAUGUACAGUCAGGGGGUCCAACAUUCUCAAGAACAACAAAUUUUGACGAGUUUU